GAGAUGUAUUAGUAAAUAAAAAAAGGUGAGACCUAAAGUCCCACUUAGGUAAAAAUGCAUUUUAAAUAAUUGUGUUCUAUAUGAAAGUUAUUAUCAAAUAUGCAAUCUAAAUUUGAUUUAUUAAAAAAACGCGUCAUCAAGCUUCUAGUUGAGAAUGCUGAGAUUAAGGCUGAAAAUGCCAAGGUUAAAGUUAAAAAUGCUAAACUAAAGCAGGCUAUGAAGGAGAAUGAAGCCAGACUUGCAAAAUUAGAGCAGAGUGAUAAAGAAAAGGCUAAACUCAUUGCAGAACUCAAUUGUAAUGUUAGAAAAAUCAAGCAGGAGCAAGUUAUUGUUAAUGUUGCAACACAGCCUAGUACAUCUAAUAAAUCGUUAGAGAAUAGGAAGACUGAUGAAUUCUUAGUCUCAGUGAGUAAGAAAAAGGUUGUUAACACCUGGGUAAUCUAA